UGUUUCAUGAAUAAUUAACAUUAUCCAAUAACCAAUAACUUUGGCCUUAUCAGUUUGACCUUUUAGCACACCUCUGUUCAACGCAAGAGGGGACAAAAAUAGCAGAAGUUAACGAAGAAGUCUCUGUGUGAUUUUCAGAUUUAGGCCAUGGAGAAUCUCUGCUACUACCUCGUCACCAUCUUAUUGUGUUCUUUACCUUUACUUCUCAUCUCCAAAAGCUUGCUUUUCAACCAUGUCAAGAACAAGAAGUUACCACCAAGUCCACUAGCUCUGCCAAUAAUUGGCCAUCUUUACCUUAUCAAGAGCUCACUCUUCCGAGACUUGACUUCAUUAUCAUCAAGAUAUGGUCCAAUUUUCUUUCUCCAAUUCGGCCGCCGUUCCUUUGUUGUUGUGUCAUCUCCAUCCGCCAUUGAAGAGUGCUUCACCAGGAAUGAUAUCAUACUUGCAAACCGUCCUCGUGGCAUGGCAGGGGACAGGUUUUCCUAUAACUAUACAGUCGUUGGGAUAGCCCCAUAUGGCCACUUGUGGAGGGUUCUUCGUCGCCUCUUGGUCGUUGAAUCUUUCUCUUUCAACAGCCUCCAGAGGACUUCAUUUAUCAGGGAAGAAGAAAUUAAGAUGAUUCUCAGGUCAAUUUACAGAAUUUCAAAGAAUGGAAGCCUAAUAAGAGUUGAUUUGAACCAUUGGAUUUCAGUUUUUACACUCAAUGUUAUCAUGAGGAUGCUUGUUGGACGAUGCUCCAUCAGAGAGGAGGAUGCUGGAGAGGAGUUGGGGAUGCAAAUAAUUAAAGAAUUCAGGGAAAUGUUUGCUUCAGGGAUUGCGCUGAAUUUGUGUGACUUCUUUCCUAUAUUAAGAUGGAUUGGCUACAAGGGACUGGAAAAGGAAAUGAUCUCUUUGCACAAGAAGAGAGAUAAACUCUUUCAGGGUUUCAUAGACGAAUUUCAAUGUUCAGAUACUCUGCUGGACAAGGAUAAGAAGGCAUUGAUUGCAAAUCUGCUUGCUUGUAAGGAAAAAAAAUCUGAUUUUCUAUCAGAUGACAUCAUAAAAGGUUUUGCGUUGCAAUAUAAUGUUAAUAUGGUUAUCAAUUAA